AUAGUUUACGCUUUGGCAAUCCACAUAUUGCAAAAGAUGCAAUAUGUCACAAGGUUGUUUUCACACCAGUCACCAUAUUGUAUUAUCAAAAACGUCAAGUCGAUGCAACUGGGAACUCGAGCGGAAACUCUACUCUGGGUGUACAAGCGAGUUCAGAAAUACAACUCGUGUCACCCAAUGCAACAGAACUUAAUCAGACGGAAUUCAACAACAUUCUCGUUACAGGAUACAAUCAAGCGAAUUCGAGCAGUGAAUUACAAGUUUCCAAUGUAGAAACUAGCGUUGUUAUACCAGAUUCCACAACAAUGGUCCAAGCUACACAGACCAGUAUACAAACUCAGUUUGAAGAGUUCACUACCAACCAACACUUCACCAGCACGGAAUUACAAACCUCAACAGAAUUAUCCAAGUUUUCGUCAUUAGCUCCCGUCUUCGAAGUAAAAGGAGUGUUGUAUAGCGAUAGAGGCGCGAAACCACACAUAUGGACUGAUGACUUGUUGAAUCCACUGACUGAAAUCUACAGAAACCUGUCACAAUCAUUCUGUCAAUUAGUUUUAGAUAGUUUACGUUUUGGCAAUCCACAUAUUGCAAAAGAUGCAAUAUGUCACAAGGUUGUUUUCACACCAGUCACCAUAUUGUAUUAUCAAAAACGUCAAGUCGAUGCAACUGGGAACUCGAGCGAAAACUCUACUCUGGGUGUACAAGCGAGUUCAGAAAUACAACUCGUGUCACCCAAUGCAACAGAACUUAAUCAGACGGAAUUCAACAACAUUCUCGUUACAGGAUACAAUCAAGUGAAUUCGAGCAGUGAAUUGCAUUUAUCCAAUGUAGAAACUAAUG